AUGAGUGAUAACAACGACGAAAAGUCUUUCCCCGGUACGUUGAUCGAUCCGGACACUUGUGAACAUCAUCAUCAUACAUCUCACCAUCAACGACAUCCGCAUAGUCAUCAUGCGCCUGCACUGGUCGAACUUCACAUUCAUCUCGAUGGUUCAUUCCGGCAUUCGACUCUAUUCGAAUUGGCUGAAAAAAAAGGCAUUACACUUCCAAAUGGUAUGAAGGCAACAAUUGAAGAUUUUAUACCAUAUGUCUCCGUGCAAUCGACUUGUCAAUCGCUGGCCGAAUUUCUGGAAAAAUUUCCAUUCUUCCUAAACAUUGUGGCUGGUGAUGUGGAGGCUCUUGAACGUGUCGCCUACGAAUUUGUCGAAGAUCAAGCGAUACAAGGUGUACUCUAUACAGAAGCACGCUAUAGUCCGCAAGUCUUAAUGGGCAAUACUCUCACGCCUGAACAGGUGAUCGUAGCAAUCAAUCGUGGAUUUAAACGCGGCAUAAAGGAGUUUCAUGUCGAUAUUCGAACACUACUUUGUUGCAUUCGUCCGCAUCCCGAAUGGUCGAUGGAAGUGGUGGAUCUAGCAAAUAAAUAUCGAUCGGCUGGCGUAGUCGGUAUCGAUCUUGCUGGCAGCGAACAUAAUUGUUCGUAUUCUCCUCAUGCGGCCGCCUUCGAACGUGCUGUCAAACUUGGCAUACAUCGUACCGUUCACGCUGGGGAGACAGGUUCGGCCGACUCUGUUCUUCAAGCAAUUCAACAGUGUCAUGCCGAACGAAUUGGUCAUGGCUAUGCUAUUGUUGACGAUCCAGCUAUCUAUGAAAUCGUUCACAGUCGAGAUAUUCAUCUUGAAUGUUGUCUAACAUCAUCUCUACACACGAAUGCCGUCGGCAAGUACAUGCCGACAGAUAUUGAAAAAUAUGAAGAGCACUUCAUGCUCCAUGGCCACAAAACAAAGACAACGCUUCAUAUGCAUGCCAAAUCAAAAAAAGAAGUCUGGCAUCCCAUUCAUCAUUUUGCUCGUGAUCAUAUCAAUUUUUCCUUAUCAUGCGAUGAUCCGUCUGUAUCACAGAUAACCAUCGAACACGAAUAUGAACAUGCACUUACCGACCUUAAAUUAUCACCUGCACAACUGAGUCAAUGUGUAUUCAAUGCAGCACGAUCUUCGUUCUUGCCUGAAAACGAAAAGAAUCAACUGAUAGAUCGUUUACUCGCAAACUAUCUACCCAAACAAGUAAUGACACGCCAAUUAGCCGACAAGAUAAAAGAUGCCUAG